AUGGACGGGGAAACUGUUGGCCGCUGGAUCCUGGAGGUGGGGAACCGCCUCUUCGAGGAGGGCUCGCUUCCGGGCUUGCCCUCCUGGGAGCAGGAGGAGUCUCCGGAAUUCCGGGUGUCUCUGAAAUGCUGGGAGGCGGCGCUGGAGGAGUCCAUGGGCCCGCGCUUCUUGGAGCUGGUGGAGAAGUCCUUCAAGCAGGCUGAAGCUGGCUUCUAUCAGCUGGGAAGGUUGGCCCCUCGCCUGGCUGGCCUGCGCUGGGCCAGCUGCAUCGCCUGGAUCCGGUUCCGCACAAAGGCGGUGAUGGAGGCAUCUUCCGGAGGUGGCAACUGCAGCAUGCCAUCUGCUGCGGCCUCCAAAGAAGCUUGCGAAGAGGCGAAGCGCUUCAUCUUCAAAGCCCUGGAUAGCGUCGUCUCGGAGCCUCGCGUUCGCGUGCUCUUUGACUUCGACCUGGUGGGGGAGGGGGUGUGGCAUGGCGGAGGAAAGGAGGAGCUGCCGGAAGAGAGCAAGGACGAGUGGCAUCGCCGUGCCUGCGAGUUCGACAUUUGCAGAAUCGCGCACCAGGUGGAGAAGGCUCCGCCUGAGGAUGUGAAUGCGACGAUGCCGCGGCUUCUUCUCAUGCAGCCCUUUGGUACGCCGCAUAAGCGCAUCAGACUUGCAGUAGUUCCGCGCAUGAUCCUUGAGAGGCACGACUGGUUCACGCAGGUGACCAACAUGGCCCUGACCAACCUGGCCGCCAAGCAACCUGUGGUUGGGCCAAUUCUGAACAUCGAGGUUCCCCCUCCGCCGGACUUCGACCUCGAAGAUCCUGAGAUCCGGGGCAAAGUUGAGCGCGGAGAGGAUCUGGGCAAGGCCCACCAGGAGGAAGGCUUGCCGGGGGCCCUCCACGGAAGCGCAGGGCUGCUAUACGCUGCUAUGGCCUUUGAGGAGGAGAUAGUCAAUGUCCACUUUCAUCCUGGGGCCAUCCUCCUCGAGGGCAUGAUGGAGAUGUUCCUGCACUACGGGCCCAAGCUUCGGAGCAUCAGCCUGCAGGGCACUGCUGGCUUCGUCUCGGAGGACUCCCUCUCUUUGCUGACCCUAGCUGGGGACACCGUGCGCAUGCUCGACCUGGAAGGAUGCGACCUCGACCCCUCCCACUUGCAGGCAAUUCUCAUCACGGUGAAGAGCCUCAGAUGCCUGCAAUGCCUGGAUCUGGCAGGAAACAAGCUGGACAGCCUUGCCGCGUUGAACCUCAUCGGUGCUUUGUGUGAGAACCGCAUUGAUCUGGACACGCUUCGUCUGGAUGGCAAUCCGCUUGGCACGCAAGAGGUCUUCAAGAACGAGGUGGCCACGUUGCUGGCCACCCGUGGAGAGUCGGUGAUCGCGGGGGGCGACCUGGUACUGCACUUAGGGGACGACGCGGUGCGCUGGUGCGCGGUUCCGCGGGAGGGCUCCUUGGCGCGGCGCCUGCGGGAGGGCGACGUGGUACGGACCACCUCGCUGAAGGAGAUGGACCGCAUGGUCGCGCAAACCGAGAUGCAGCUGGUGAAGUGGGAGACCAACGACCCCAAAGCUGCCAGCGCUGGGGGCCGGGACUGGCUGCGGCGCAAGCGGCUCCACAACGCCUACGUCUGGAGCUCUCCGGCGCUCCGCUUCUACCGGCGCCAAAGGGCCUGGCUGGCCAAGCAGAAGGACUAG